UUUUGCAUCGUUGUUGAGUCUUAUUUUAUUAUUAGUUUUAUUAUUUGAUUAUUUCUAACUCUGAAUAUUUGCAAUUUUUGUAGUGUCAUUCGACAUUGAUCAUGGAUGCCGGUGAUCAUGAUACAUCCAUAGAUCAUGAUUUUUUUCUCCAAGGACUCACAGGGGACUAUGGCCCCUUUGAUACUAGUGCUGCAGGUGAUGAUGGACCCGACGGUGAACCUCCGGUUGGUUCACAUCCAGAUCCAGGUGAUGCAGCAGGAGUGCCAUCGUCAGGCUCUACAAGUGCGCACACAUUAGCAAGCAGCGGGUCUAAAAGAUCAAGAGCCGGUACUUCCGAAGUUUGGCAAGACUUUGAAAGGAUCUACAAAGAGGAAGAUGGGGUAAGUGUCAGGUAUGCUAAGUGUUAUAUUUGUAAAAAUGAAUUAUCUGCAAAGCCCUCGGGUGGAACGGGGCACUUGAAGAGGCACGCCAUAAGUUGCAAGCGAAAGAGUGGAGCAGCCAUGAAGCAGACGGUGUUGCAGUACAACCCCGACGGCUCUGUUCAUCAUUGGGAGUACGACUCUGCCAAUGCUCGAAAAGAGCUAUGUCGCUUCAUUGCAAGAGCGGAUCUACCACUCAAUAUCGCAUAUAAACAGUAUUGUGUUGCAAUGGGUGUGCGUCCACGUAAGUUUGCUCUGGACAUGCCGCAUGGGGGUCAAACUUUACUCACGGAAGCGCAUUGGUUCUUCAUCAAGAAGUUCAGACUCUUCGUCACGAUCGUCUACGGGCACCGGAAUUCCAACAUCCGGAGGGGAGCUAACUACCUUCAUCGACAGUGACGUUAUCAGCCACGAACAAGAAAACUUCAACAUACUGCAAUGGUGGCAUGAGCACAAGACGAAUUAUCCAGUCCUUUCACUGUUAGCGCGAGAUUUGUUAACGGUUCCUGUAUCUACAGUUUCUUCUGAGGCUGCCUUCAGUCUUACAGGAAGGAUAAUCGAAGAGAGAAGAACAAAUCUGUCAAGUGAGAUGGUUGAAAUACUCACCAUAGUAAAGGAUUGGGAACAAGCUGAAGCACGAAUGCAACACACUGCAGAAAAUACUGAGCUUGAAGAAUCAUUCCAAAAUUUGUAUCUAGAUGCUGAUGAGAACGUGUAAUUUUAAAUUUUCUGAGCUAGGUUGUACUCUUUUUUCCUUUGCUAGAAAGGUUUUUAAUGAGGCAACCUAUCAAUAAAGCUCAUUUUUAGAAUUAAUCAUGUGCCCCUAUUAUUUCUAAGUUUUUUUAUUCA